GUCUCUUACAUUAUGUACCAAUUUCUCUUCCUUUGUUCUCAAAGCACUUUCAGCCUUCUUCCUUUGAUUUUCUGCUAAGUCAGCUUUACAGAUUACAAUAGUUCAGUUCAAAAGGAAGGAGAUUCUGUCUUUCUAAAAGUUUCAGGGUCUUAUUUGAUCAAAUAAGAUUGAAGUUAGCAAAUGACAUGUCCUAGAGCCAGCUCUAAACCAAAGCUUGCAUUUUAAUUGUUUUUUCCCUUAUUUUUCCAAAGAUGAUUCCCAGUUAUGAUCCACAUGACAGUGAAUAUGGUCUGAAGCUUUUGGAGGAUCUGACAACAAAUGCAUAUGAAGAACAGCAGAAGGUGUUAGAAGAGAUACUAGCAAAGAAUGCUCUCACUGAAUAUCUUAAGAGCUUUCUCAAUGGUCACUUUGACAAGAAGCUUUUCAAGCAGAAGGUUCCUGUUGUAAGUUAUGAAGAUGUCAAGCCAUAUAUCGAGCGAAUUGCCAAUGGAGAGCCAUCCGAGAUCAUUUCAGCUCAAAAAAUCACUGAGCUUCUCACAAGCUCGGGAACUUCAGGUGGGCAGCCAAAGAUGAUGCCUUCAACUGCUGAAGACUUGGAGAGGAAGACAUUCUUUUAUAAUCUCCUUGUGCCUGUGAUGAACAAGUAUGUGGAUGGCUUGGACCAAGGAAAAGGAAUGUACCUCUUGUUCAUCAAACCAGAAAUUAGUACUCCUUCUGGCUUGGUGGCGAGGCCAGUUCUAACUAGUUACUACAAGAGCAAUAACUUCAGAAACCGGCCUUUUAACCGGUAUAACGUUUACACAAGCCCGGAUGAGACCAUCUUGUGCUCAGAUAGUAAGCAGAGUAUGUACUGUCAAUUACUCUGUGGUUUAGUACAGAGGGACCAGGUCCUGAGGGUUGGUGCUGUUUUUGCUUCUGCUUUACUAAGGGCCAUCAAGUUCUUAGAGGACAACUGGAAGGAGUUGUGCUCAAACAUAAGAUCAGGUGAAGUCAGUGACUGGAUCACUGAACAAAGUUGCAGAAAUGCUGUGUCCUUAAUCCUUGGGAAACCAAAUCCAGAUAUGGCUGAUUUGGUUGAGCAUGAGUUUGAUAACAAGUCAUGGGAGGGCAUUAUUAAGAAGCUUUGGCCUAGAACAAAGUACAUUGAGGUUAUAGUCACAGGUUCUAUGGCCCAAUACAUCCCGACACUUGAGUUCUACUCUGGAGGGCUGCCUUUAAUUUCAACAAUGUAUGCUUCGUCUGAAUGCUAUUUUGGGAUAAAUUUCAACCCGCUAAGAAAACCGCAUGAUGUGGCUUACACCCUCCUUCCUAAUAUGGCCUACUUUGAGUUCCUACCUGUGGAGAGAAACCAUGAAGAGGUAGUCGUGUGCAACGGUGCUUCGGAUCAAAAUUGCGUGCUCAAGGGAGAUGAAACAGAGAAAUUAGAAACAGUUGAUCUGGUGGAUGUGAAACUUGGUCACUACUAUGAACUUGUUGUCACAACUUUCACAGGGCUAUACAGGUACAGAGUUGGUGACAUUCUAAUGGUGACUGGUUUCUACAACAAUGCUCCUCAGUUUCGUUUUAUGCACAGGAAAAACGUAGUGUUAAGCAUCGAUACCGACAAAACCAAUGAAGAAGACCUGUUAAAUGCAGUGACACAAGCAAAGCUACUCCUGGAACCCCUUGGCUUCCUCCUGAUCGAGUACACCAGUUAUGCUGACACUUCCUCAAUCCCUGGUCAUUAUGUGCUGUUUUGGGAGCUUAAAGUGAAAGGAAACAAUGACUUAGAAGAGCUAAUACACCCCAGUAUAAUGGAGCAAUGCUGCUCCACAGUGGAAGCGUCACUUGAUUCUGUGUAUAGGAGAUGCAGGAGAAAGGACCACUCUAUAGGGCCAUUGGAGAUCAGAAUUGUGAAGCAUGGUACUUUUGAUGUGCUGAUGGAUUUUGCUGUGUCUGAGGGAUCUUCAGUGAACCAGUACAAGACACCAAGGUGCAUCAAAUCUGAGGAAGCCAUGAAAAUACUGGAUUCAAGGGUAGUGGGCAGAUACUUCAGUAACACAACUCCUUUCUGGGAGCCAUUUAGAAUGGAGACCGACUAAAUAAAAAUCCAUGGUGAAGAUUUGCAUGGCAGCUUGGGCCCUUAGGGUAUUCAUAUCUUCCUGGAUUAUGUAUCAAGAACCAUAUUUUUAUGAUUUGAUUUGUAAAAGUUCUUGUCUUAUAUGUUCUG